UAUGAUUACAAAAUAUUUAAUAUUACGAAUAAAAAAUGUUUUUUAUUACUUAAAAAAUAAAAAUAAAAUUACAUAUACGAAGUAUGACAUAUCAAAUUCAAAUCACACUCUAAAAUGAUAAAUUAAAAUUACAAUUAUAAACACCAUAAAAUGCGCAAAUUGCCUCGGAUAUUCCUCUUAGUUCAAGACAACAGCUGGACUAAGACGUCUUUACCAACGAGAAAAUAUUAUGUCAACUCCAACUACCAGUUUACACUGAAUACAUAAUUUCGAUCAAUCUGUGUAAUGAUGGAAAAUGGAAGAGUGAGUUUAAAACGUGGAAUCCAAAUAGAAAAAUACAAUUCGAAGAAAAAGAUAAGGUUCCAUAAAACAAAACAUCACGGAAGGCUAUUGAAAAAUGUGAGGUUAAAAUCAGUGUUGAAUCAAGUCACAUCUGUAAAUAGUUCAUCAUGUACCUCUUCGCGGGUACCUAGUCCUCAAAUUGACGAUGUGAAGAAAUGUAAUCGGGUGGCUAGUUUGGGAGAGGACGUGAAACUGACUUGCUAUCCAAAAACCAGGAUUUCUUCAUGUCACGAAGGCGCAGAUAUAAUGUCAGAUGACUUGGAUAUUACCGAUUCGAGGUCGAAGUUUUUGGCAUAUUUGGCUUUCAGCCGUUUUCUGAAAAAUGCUCUGGAACGAAAGAGAGAGGGUUCGGAGUCGCAGGAAGUCCAGCUGACGUUCAAAAACGCACAGGUAGACAAUUUGAAACUGCAAGUGGUAUCGUUGAAGUCACUCCUGUCAUCCGAUCAGCGAAUAAUGGCGAGCUCUAUUCGAGAAAUAACCCUCUUGAAAAACCUCCUAGCAGCGCUUCAAGAGGAAUUCAACACUGUCAAAGCUGAAAAGGAAAUACUGGAAGAAAAGACAGAACUCCUUAGUGAGGCAUUGUCUAGGACCCUGACUGAAUUAAACAACGAAAAAAACAAUUACAUUCUCGCAAGGAGCGAAGCUAUUGCUUUCGAAGCCCAACUGGGGAAGGAGAGAGAGAAGAUAGCUCAACUUAAACAAGACAACAAGUCACUCCUUAGCAAGCUGGAACAGGAGUUACCUGGAAGCAGUUCGAGCGAUGCUAAAAAGUUAAAACCAAAAAAUCUUAUGCUCGAACUAGAUUGAUCAUGGCAGGCUAUCGACGGCAGACUUUUCCAGUAUUUUUCCUAGUUUCCAGUGCCAAAGGAUCCAGGAAAACCAGAUACAAAGCCAAGACUAUUAAUUCUAUCGAGUAAGAAUGAAAAAAUAAAUACAAGGAUAAACAGCAAGUCGAGAGCUCUAUCAAGUCAAGAAGAGAAGCCAACCACAAUUAAAGGGUGCUGCACUGAUUAUAUUUUUUAUCAAUAAAAUGAAAAACGCACUUCACCGUAGAAAUAAGAUACAAUGUAGAAUCCAUAGUUGCAAACUCCCAGAUAUAAUAAACCAUCCAAUUACAACAA